CUUCAACCAUCACUGUCGACAUUUCUUUCUGUGAUUCCUUCGUAAGGAAUCAAGCUUAACAGAGGUUUUUUAAUGAACAGAUUAUUCAGUCUGCCUUCACUGGCUCAAAUUCACCGCUUUGGAGCCUUUGUCAUUCUCGGAGGGCUGGUGGCAUGUUUCAUGAUAGUUCUUCUAUGCAUGCCACUAUCCUCCUCUUCUUAUUGCAUCUCUGCCUCUCUACUGAUCCGUAAUCUUCUCACUGCGGAUGCUCUCCCCUGGAAUCGUGGCUCAUCCUCCCCUCGGCCUACCUGUGCUUCUGAAAAGAACUGUCUUAAUUCCACAACGUCAGCUGCCGUCAUUAGCGUGCACCUCCAGCAUACGCACUUUAUGGUAGACUUGAUCGAGGGGUCAGGUCUGCCUCCUGGGGCGUUCUUUGAUAUUGACGGAUCCGUGUAUUUUAAUGCCUCAAGCUUUGCGCUUUUCUCCCCGGCCAAUCAUGCAAAAUUUGAAGACAGCAAGGCCAAGUUCCUUACCGAUCUUCAUGUAUUAUGCAAAUUUCGACUUGGAAUACAUGGCCAAUAUGCAAAUUUCCUCUCAAGCACGUUCUUGCGGUAUUUCUCGCCUCUGAGCAUGUCCCCAGUCCUUAGUCCUUUUGAAGUUGCGAUUGAACACCAGAAGACAGCGGUAGAACGUGAACGCUUCAAUGGAUAUUCCACAAAAGCAAUGCGUGAUUAUCAUGCUAUCGAGGUCGACCGCAUUCUGAGCCGCUCGCUUGAUCAAUUUCUCACCGAUCUCAGUGUCGCUUACCGUGACCUGGCGGCCGAAACUCCGCCCAUCAUCAGCUACUUUACCAACAUUCACACCUAUGGAGAGUCUGUUGCGAAAGAGCUGGACAUCCAGAUACUUCGAGCGGACGAAGCCUACCGGAACAUUCCUUGGUGGGAUUCUCGUCCAAUUCUAAACCUUUUCGUUGAGGGCGCAUUAAACAUAAAACCACGACUUCCUAUCCACAAAUGAACAUGAUAUUCGGAUUCUUGCAGAACAUGCUGCAAUAUUCUAUGACCAUUUAACAGUCUUCGAGCGCUAUGCUCAAUGGUAUUCUAAAUGUUUGACGAAGACUAAACGAGCAGUACCAUUAGAGCCGUCAGGCUUCCCCACCGCCGCAGAGCUUUGUAGCUCCUUGGAGCACCUCAGGGAACGCC